UCAACAUCAAAAGCGAACCCUUAUGACCCACUUUGACUUUGACCAUCACCACAACCAAUUCAACAGGUUCUUCAUGUUAUGCUAACAUGUCAAACACACACACGCACACACAUUGUUUUAGGAAACAAUGCUGGCCAUAUUUGUCCAUGCUGUCAUCAUCCUGAUCAUGAUGAUCAUGGUCGAGUGUGGGCGUCAGUGGUCGAUCGGUAACUGUAUUUGCUGCUCCACAUUUGCCAUCCUCAACUUUAUUUAUGACUUGCAAUUAACACAGGGAGAAUGAUUUUAUCUAUCGGAAAUUGAAUCAGAUAACAAGAUUAAUCGCCAUAGUAACCCGAUAAUGAUCCCCAGUGUUGUUGGCAAUAAUAAUUUAUUAACUCAGCAGUCAAUAGUGAUUUGUAGUCAUUUGAGACGCAUCAUAUACGAUGGAUGGAAAAAACAUUCAAGUAGAUUCUGCAAUCAAUUUGAAUUUUGACAAUUUAGUGCCGGAUCAACAUUGCAUGGACAACAAUAAUCUUUAUUAUUCAACCCGGAAUCGCGGCCGAUGUAUUCUGUUGGAUUACUUGGCCGAUGUUCGAUCCCAAUCUACCGUCAGGCUUUUGCAAUCAACAUUUGGCAAAUUGAAUUAUCAAUUCGAAUGUUAUCGGGGCUGGAAUGAUCGACAGACAUUGCAGUUAUUGAAUCAAGGCCUUGAAGAUGAAUCAUUCGAUUCAUUGAUUGUAUUGAUUUUGACCACAUCAUGCAGGAAAGUGAUUGAAUGCGCAAAUCGGACUCGAAUCAAUUCGCAUAUUAUUGUCAAUAAAUUGAAUGGCAAAUUUUGCAAGCCGUUUGCUGGCAAACCGAAAGUCAUCAUGAUUCAAGAAUAUUGUAACAAAUUGGCCAGUGAUGGUCCCACAAUUGAUCAACAUCAUCAAUAUAUGAUUCCCAGCCAUGCCGAUAUGUUGAUCUAUACCUAUCGUGGUAAAAGUCAAUUAUUUUGGCCAACAUUAUGCUCCACACUAGUCACUAAAACAACUGAUUCGCUCGAUCUAGUCAAACAGUUGACUAUGGUUACCAAAUGUAUCCACCAACAAACCGGUAUCAUAACCGAAAUGUUUUCCACAUUAAUCAAGUUGUUUCGAAUCUGAAUCCCUUCAAUUCAAUUCAUUAAUAAUAUUUGCCUCAUUUA